UAGUUUCUACUAUUGCGUUAUUCUCUCUUUCUAUAAACAUUUUUUUUUUAUUUCCUCGGAACGAAUAAUUUUCAAAUGCCUCGUUACAAGGACGAGUCCCCUGCAGUUCGGGUUUACACUGUCUGUGAUGAAUCCAGAUAUUUGAUUGUGAGGAACGUUCCAGAAUUAGGAUGUGGGGAUGAUUUGCUGCAACUUUUUUCAUCCUAUGGAGAAGUCGAGGAGUGUAAGCCCAUGGAUGCAGAAGACUGUGAGAAAUACACUGAUGUCUAUUGGAUCAAAUUCCGCCUUGUCAGCAAUGCUAGGUUUGCAAAAAGAAAAUUGGAUGAUUUUGUUUUCUUCGGGAAUAAACUGCAGGUUUCAUAUGCCCCCCAAUUCGAGAGCCUAUCAGACACACAAGAUAAAUUAGAGGGAAGAAGAAGGGAGGUUUUAGCGCGAUUGAACCCAGCUAAAAGAUCUAAAGAGACUCUAGCCACAAGCUCUAAAGAGACCCCAGCCACAAGCUCUGAUGCUAUGAUUACAUCAAAUGUCAUUAGUGCACAGCAUUUAGAUUCUAAUGCUUGGGAUGUAGAAUUCAAAGGAGGUUCACGCAGUAAUUUUCCAACAAGGAUUUCCUCUAAUGAGGAUUAUUUUGCUUCACAGUCCAUGAAUCGAACAGUAAAUUUUGUACGGAAUAAGCUUGAUAAGAUUCGAUCAAGUGGUGAGCAUACACAAGCUGGAUCCGCGUCCAAGAAACAGCGGGUUGAUAAUAGGAGGAGAAUAUAAUCUGUAAAUUAAGAUGUUCUUUUUUUCUCACCCACUCUGCUUGAAGUCACCGAGCUAUAUGAUUUUGGGUGUAUUUAAGCUCAAUUCCUUAGCCUUUAGUGAAAAUUUUGACAAGUGCAAUCUAAGGACUGUCUCAUCCAAUUAUAUUGUGGUUCAUAUACUCUGUACCAAGAUUUAUUUAUUUUUCAAUGUAAGUAGUACUACAUCUGCUAUCUAUCCAGGUAACAGUACUAGAAGACUUCAAAAUCCCCAUUCAGCAUGCAAUUUGUUUGCUAAGGUAUUUGGUAACCAAGCCCCGCCUUCUUAUAGGAAACCUUAUACUGAAAUCACAUUUUAAUAUUGGAAUUAUAGUUGCAAAUAAGGUUUCUAUUUGGAUUAGUGCCAGUUACUUAAUGCGUUGAUGAUGCACUGAUUAUGUAGCCACAGCCCAACUGAUGAUACUCCUAUGACAUUGGUGGGUGCUGAACCAAACAUUUCAGUUUCCCGUGUAUGUUUGACCCACCUACUAAAAAAUUCACCGUUCUCUUUAGAUUUGUCACAAAGUAUCCUAGCUUCCUAGGGUUGACAUAGAACUCCGACUACAUUACAGGGUAAUUUUCUGAACCUGAAGAAUAUAGCGAGAUUUUAAUCCUCUUAGAGUCUUCAUUUUAGAAUAGAGUAUGUUUGUAGCUUUAAUUGUUGGGAAAAGGACACUCUCUUUUUGUAAGAUUUAAUGGAAUCAAAUGCUAGGCACGGGAAAGUGCUGUGUGUAUCUGAUUCAUUGCUGGCAGUUUCAUCAGUACAGCAACCCCUGAACCCGUGUCAUAAAUAUGUCACUCUCAUAACUUGGGAGAUAAAUGUGGUUCAUCUCAGAAAGACAAGGUGGGGACAAAUUCUGGAGUUCAUUUUCAGAGUUGAAAUUGAAAUCAUACCGUCGCAGGUACUAAGCAUGCUAGAAGCCAAUUUUAGGGGAGUUCUCUUCUUGACAUUGUAACUUUUUGUCGUUUGUUAUCCUCAGUUACCAAAUAAUAACAAUGUAAAAAUUUACCCUUCUGGUUUUUUUUUUUGGUAUUAUCUGAAACAUUCUGGUUUGUUAUGUUAUUAUAUGAACAAAAGAAAGUGAGCACGUAUUUCGUUAAAUCUCAGAAGAUAUUAAUAUAUUCUUAUUUUUAGUCAACUGUCAUCAUCAUGUAUGGUGGUUGAGUUACCUUUUCA